AUCAAAACUAAAUACUAUGAUUUUUUUUCCGGAAAGUAUAUAAGGAUGAUGAUAAGUCCACGCCACACGUCUGUCUCUCCGACACAAGCCACCGUUAAAGAAGACGUCAGUCCGUUUGUAUCUGCCCGGGAAUACAGUCACAAUUCAACUUAAAAAAUUAAAAAGCAAAUGGCGACGGCGAGAAUAACACCGUCACCAUCCGCACUCUCCACAACAUUCAUCAAACACCUUUCCUGCAACCUCAACCUCCACUCCCCCAUCGCACGAACGCUUUUCACCGCUGCCCCGAAUUCGACCCGCUCAAGGCGACCCACGCUCCGAUUAACCCGGAAAAGCUUCAAGGUCUCAAUGUCGUCCGUACAUAGCACCGACCCUCUUGAAGUUUGUGCCAAGGCCUCCGUUACCACCCCCAAUACGCUCGGCGAUUGUCCGUUUACACAGAGGGUUCUCUUGACUCUGGAGGAAAAACAUUUGCCUUAUGAAUUGAAGUUGGUUGAUUUAUCUAACAAGCCUGAAUGGUUCUUAGAAUUGAGCCCAAAGGGUUUAGUUCCCCUGAUCAAGCUAGAUGACAAAUGGAUUCCGGAUUCAGAUGUUAUCACUGAAGCAUUGGAGGAGAAAUUCCCUGAACCACCCUUGCCAGCCCCAACUGUGAAGGACUGGCCAGGAUCGAACAUUUUCCGCAAAUUCAUUGACUUCCUGAAAAGCAAAAAUCCCAAUGAUGGAACGGAAAGGGCAUUGCUUGAUGAGUUGACUGCUUUCAAUGGCCAUAUCAAAGAUAAUGGCCCUUUCAUCUAUGGAGAUAAAAUAUCGGCCGCUGAUUUGUCCCUUGGACCAAAGCUCUACCACUUAGAAAUUGCUUUAGGGCAUUAUAAAAAAUGGUCUGUCCCAGACUCUCUUCCUUAUCUGAAGUCAUACAUGGAGGUACACUGUUUCUAGACUCGAUCUUAUUUGUGAAGUCUGUGUUAUCACAUGAUAUGCAUACAGCAUUCUUUCAAUGGCAGUGUCAAAUUAGUGGUUGAUUGCAUCUUUGUGCUAAGUGGUCGAUGCUUGAAAUGUAGUCAAAAGUUUGGGGUUAAAACUCUUGAAAUGUGUUCGAACUCAACAUAAUGUUAUUGUUUUGAGUUAUGUUUUGGAAUUGUGUUACAUCAUUUUAGAAACUAAUUGAACUGUUUUUGUGAGUUUGAUUUUAUUACAUGUGUUUGUUUUAUACGAAAUUCCCUACUUCCUAAUAUUUUGUUGACUUGGGAACAGACAAUAUUUUCUCGCGAUUCCUUCAUCAAUACGAGGGCUCAAAAAGAGGAUGUGAUCGAAGGUUGGAGACCAAAAGUUGAGGGUUAAUUGAUUCUGUGUAACCUUGAAUACGUUUGUGAACUUUGGGAUUUUGAAGAACCACAAUAAUUGGCAUCUUAUUUCCUGUAGUCAAGUUGGUUGAAUGCUUUCUGCCUUAGGCCCUUAGAUAACUCUAGCAUCUGGCUGGUUAUGGACUAAAAAUGCACUUACUGAGGGAAUUUGUAUAUGUGUAAAAUCACUAUAUGUGCAUCUUAUCACGGUACUAAAUUGGAAAUAAAUGCCGACUUCCUGAAAUCAUGGAUGAAAUCAGAAAGUUCAGUUAUAAUCAAGCGUAAAGUUGCCUUUAUGUAUGAUGUGCUUCUUUCCAAGUUGUGAAUUGUGGUAGAUGUGUAAUAAGCGGAAAUUUCCAAUAAAUUUUCAGUAAAAUAGAACCAGAAUUUAAGAACUUUAAGAUGAUAUAAACUCAUGGUGGUCGUCAAACAUUUUUGGGAUGUUUGUGGAUUUGAAAUGAGCGUUGUUACAUUUUAUCCACAUUACAGAUAUUACUAUGAUGAGAUAAUGGAGUGGAAUAUUUCACAAGAAUUCUAAGACCCUUUUUUAAAUGUUAAUAUAUACGAGUUAAUCAAUCCCCAAAAGCAGGCCGAGGACGAUCAGUUUGCUAGCUGCAUUGCCUACAGGGAACACUAAUUUUCCCGGUAAGCAAUGUAGUUAGCCAAAUGAUACAAAGGCGCACUCUUUGCAGCAUCAAAGUGGCUAAGCUCUUCAAUGGCCAUAGCCACCAAUUCAUCAGCGAAUUUCCUUGCUCCUUGAAGCCCCAUUAGCUUAGGAUAAGUAGCUUUAUCAGAUGCCAAAUCUUUCCCAGCUGUUUUCCCCAGUUGUUGGGAUGAUUUUGUAACAUCAAGAAUAUCAUCCACAACCUGAAACAACAAUCCAAUACACCUUGCAUAAUUUCUCAUUCUAUCAACUUCUGAAUGACUCCCUCCACCUAAAAUUGCUCCACAAACUACUGCAGCUUCUAAAAGCUUGGAUGUUUUGUGGAUAUGAAUAUAUUCCAGUUCAGCCAAGUUUAUUUCUUUCCCCUCACUUGAUAAGUCCACAAUCUGCCCGGCAACAAGCCCAUCUGAGCCGACCGAGGAGCCUAAUUCAGCUAUGGCUCUAACAACUCUGUUUGGUGAAACAUUUCUAGUUUUUGUGGCAACAUGUUCAAAAGCUAGUGAUAAAAGUGCAUCACCGGCCAAAACAGCUGUGUUUUCACCAUAAACCUUGUGAUUCGUGGGCUUUCCUCGGCGUAAAUCGUCGUUAUCCAUGCAUGGAAGAUCAUCAUGGAUGAGUGACAUUGUGUGGAUCAUUUCAAUUGCACAAGCUACUGGGAUGGCUUGUGACUCAUUCCCUCCGACUAACUCACAAGAAGCAAUGCAUAGUAUCGGCCGGAUUCUUUUGCCGCCGGCUAGGAGGGAAUAUCGCAUUGCUUCAUGGAUUUUGAUAGGGUCCUUCAUCGGGAUGGCAUCAUCAAGUGCUUUGUUCACUUGGAUUGCCUUUGAUCUCAUGUAAUCUUCAAAUGGGAAUUUCGGAAAAAGAAUGUCUAGAGUAAAAGGUGUUUUGUCUUCCAAUUGCUCUUCUUUCACAAGAGAUGAUUUCGCAACUAGGGAUGAUGCAUGCAUUUUCAUGGCGACAUUUAGUUUCACUUUGUUGUUGGAUAGGGUUUUGAGAUGAUGGCUUUCAAGAUAAUUUGGAAGAAAUGAACUUCCAUAGCUUGAUGUGUAAACACUGGUUGCCAUAUUCUUGGAAUUUUGAAGGGGAAAAAAAAGGUGCAACAACUAGUAUGCUUUUUUA